UCGAGCGAGUGGUAAAGAAUAGAUAGAGAUGAAGAAAGGGGUGGUGGUGGCAACCGCGGUUGUGGGCGUCCUGGGCCUCGUCACGGUCAUACUGGGCAUCGCCGGCGCCGCCUCCACGGCGACGUCCUUGGUUAGGAUCAGGCGGCACUCAUGUGAGUACCAGGCCACGUCGGCAGUGGGCUGCGGCGUCGUGGCGUCUAUGCUGGCGUUCGCCACGCAGAUCAUCGCGAGCGCCGCCACGGGAUGCUGCGGCUGCUGCCGGGCUUGGUCCAUCCCCAGCGAGGCCAAGCGCGUCGUCGCCAUCGUCCUGUCAACGUUUUCAUGUAUAUAUACUUGCAGGUUCCUUGCGCUCAUAGUGGUGAUAUUGUUCAUUGCUGCCGCCAUUUUGAGCACAGCCACAGAUGUAUCGACUAACGGCAGCGGUAGAUGUGUCCCACCGGGUACUGGACCGUUCGUGGCGGCAACGGUCUUGUUCAUCAUAACUGUGAUCUUUCAGAUCAUCUCGUACAUCCUGCUGCAGGCGACCACUGCGAAGCCGCUUGGUCAGGAGUCUGGGAUCGCCGUCGGGAAGCCGGCCGUGGAGCUGACGGAGCAAAAUGCAGCUGCCGUCGUUGACCCUCCUCCUUCGGCGCCUCCUGUGUCGUCAGAUCAAACCACUUCGCCCACGCCCACCAUGUCGAACGAAGCUAAUCCCAGGCAGCCCGCUGUGUCGCCCAAAGCUAAUGCUGACCAUGCAACAAGCCAAGUUUGAAACUAGGUAGCUCAUCAAUAUUGUCGUGUUCGUGGCGUUUACCAUGUUACCAUGUUGAUUUUACAUUAGCACUCUCUGUUUUGUUGUUGUAUGUUUUUGGUUAAUAGAGGAUUUCAUUUGUCUUCCUC